UUUCCCCCCCGCCGAGCAAAAGGUGGCGCAGAGGCAGUCGGCCGGUCAGCGCAUUUUCGCGCUGCCGCCCGCUCAAGGCCCCCGCGCCAGUGCCCGCCAAGCACGGCCCUUCAGAGCAGAUCGCCGGUUGUCCGCACCCCGACGUCCGCCGUUUCGAUGCGGAUGCGGAUGCGGAUGAAGAGCGCACGCACGUGCGGGGCUAGGCAGACGGUGGGGGGAGAGCAGGGGGGGCGGGGGCGGCGCACCUGGCGUUGAGGAUGCCGCAGGCCGCCGACGCGGGGCGGCGGCAGGGCGGCGGCGCGGGGGGGCUCUCACCCUCGCUCGCUCCCCGCCGACCGCCUUCGCCGCCGCAACCGACGACGACGCCCCCGUCCCCUUUCCCUUGCAAGUCCCCUGCCCACCGUCCUUCCCUCCGCAGCCCACGGAUGGGGCCGAGGGGACACUCGACUGUGGAGCCCCGCCCGCAGGCGGCGUGAUCGGGGCACACUCGAACUCAGGUUGCCAGGCAAAUUCUCCAUCCUCUUCUGGGACGGACACAAACCUGAUAUAUUCAUUCAGGCGGACAGGCACAGCCUCGGACGAAGGAUGCCGAGGAUAGGACUGGGCUCUCGAAACCUGGGCCUGCCACUCUCAAGACUGGAUCCCGACCCAGACUUUCGACCACCCGCGGCCCGUCAGCCGCGGCUGCUACGGAAAGCGCCUGGCAGCGCAGGCGAGUAACAAACGAGGGGAAAACUACAGCCUCGCACAGGCUGCCAGAUAGUAAUGAUCUGUCUGCGCUCGCGGGUUACCCGCGGACAGUUGAGGUGAAACAGCGUGACACUAUCUGUAAAAAGCACCCGGGCGCGGUGUGAAACUGUCCACCUGGCAUUUUCCGUCUGGUGGGAGGCGGGGGCGAACGAAAGGGAGGGUCAUGAGACGAACCAAAACAGUCCAGCGAUCUGCAGCAAAGUGCGCCGCGGCACCUGCUCGCCGGAUCGCCCGCGGCCUCUCCGCGGCGGCGGUGGUCGCCGCCGUGGGCGGCGGGGGGGGGGGGGGGGAGGAGGAGGGGGAGGAGGAGGAGGAGCGACCGACCGAACGCGCGCGCGGAGGAGGAGAAAGUCCCAAUGCCUGCUGCCAGCGCCGACGACUGGCAGCAAUGAAAACCUGCACGGCUCACCGCGGGCGCACCGCGGAGCGAACAAGGGGCACGGAAGCAGGCCAGCCCUUGGUCGCGCCGGCGCAGCGCUCGCUAUGGGCUGCGGCGGAGAAGGCCGCGGGCGGGCGCUCCGCAGGGGCUCCACCCGAACGCGCGGUGCUGCUGGAGCCGCCCCCUCCUCCCCCCCAUUGGGGACUCCAUUUGCGGAGCCACGCCUCCUGCGCGCGAGGAGCGGCGCGUGGCGCAAACAGCGCCGCAGUCGGACGCAGCGGUCUCUCAGAGGACCUGCACUUCGUCGAGGAGCGGCGCCAUCAUCACCACGUCGUCGUCGUC